UUGUUGUCAUUCUCUUAGAUGUGUGUGGUUGGUUAGCUGUCUCUGAGUGAGUUCAGAGCUGUAGUGUUGCAUGAGUAGUUGGUGAGAAGCUAUAUACUAAGAAUAAGGUCUGAUCCAUCCCUUUUUGAGGCUGAGCCGUCACCAUUAUGAGGUGAUUCUCAUUGGCACUUGAAGUUGAGAGUUGUUACUAUCACUAAAGCUGUGGUUGCUACUGAUGAUAUUGAUCGUAUGCAAGCCUUGAGUAAGCUAGUGAGGUUACAGAGACAUUGGAAGCAAGUCACUGUCUGAAAUGAGUGACGACCUUGCUAAACAACUCUUCUGGGCUAGUAGUGGUGGCCGUGACCAAGAAGUGCUUGAGCUGCUACAGAGAGAAGCUCCACCCAACAACAGUGACUACUACACUAGAGAGCAGUAUGGAAGGACUCCACUACACAGGGCAUGUAUUAACAGCCAUCUCUGCAAUGCAGAACUACUCAUCAAGUUUGGGGCCAUUGUAGCUGCUACAAAUAACUUUGGCAGUACCCCCUUACAUGAUGCAUGUUUCUACAACAAGAAGGCCACUGCUAAGCUGUUACUGGAGCACCACUGUCCCACAGAUAGCAAGGACAAGUGGGGACGUACUGCUGCUGAUGUGGCCAGAGUGAAGGGGCACCAUGCCUUGGCUGACUAUGUGGAGAGGUUCCAGCCUGGACCUAGAGAUCCUCUGUCCUCGUACCCAACACUGGAACAGCUGAGUCAGCUGGAAUGUGAUCAAUGGCUUCAACUUGGUGUUCGCUUCGCAUUGGGCAAUGACCAACUGGAAACCAUAAAGAAGAGCCAACAUCCCACAGCAGCAACUCUCCAGGCAGCCAAAAUCAAGAAUAUUGACAUGCAGUGGAAGGAUAUUGUGGAAGCUCUAGUGAGCAUUGGAGAGUACAAGUUGGCAGAGAGUGUGUGCACUCAGCAAGGGGAAGGUGAGAGUGCUCUGUCAGUGAGUGUAUUCUAUGGCUGGCUGGACUGUGUCAAGCGUCUUGUGGAAACUGUGGACCUCAAUCCAAAAGGUACAGUCAACAAGGCUGGUGACACCCCACUCUCUCUGGCCUGUGCUAAUGGCCACUUGGACACAGUCAAGUAUCUUGUGAACAAGCAUCGUUGUGAUCCAGGUACAGUCAACAAGGCUGGUGACACCCCACUCUCUCUGGCCUGUGCUAAUGGUCACUGGGACACAGUCAAGUGCCUUGUGAACGAGCAUCAUUGUGAUCCUAGAAGUACAGUCAACAACGCUGGUGACACUCCACUCUCUCUGGCCUACAAAGGUGGACACUGGGAUAUGGUCAAGUAUCUUGCCAUCACUCAUCACUGUGACACAACAAUUGCAGUAAAUAAGGCUGGAGACACUCCUCUCUCCAUUGAGUGUUCCCGUGGUAACCUGAAGAUGGUCAAGGCUCUCAUCAACAAGCAUGUUGAUCCAAAUAAGCCAGUUAACAAGGCUGGUGACACUCCACUCUCUCUGGCCUGUGCUAAUGGCCACUUGGACACAGUCAAGUAUCUUGUGAACAAGCAUCGUUGUGAUCCAGGUACAGUCAACAAGGCUGGUGACACCCCACUCUCUCUGGCCUGUGCUAAUGGUCACUGGGACACAGUCAAGUGCCUUGUGAACGAGCAUCAUUGUGAUCCUAGAAGUACAGUCAACAACGCUGGUGACACUCCACUCUCUCUGGCCUACAAAGGUGGACACUGGGAUAUGGUCAAGUAUCUUGCCAUCACUCAUCACUGUGACACAACAAUUGCAGUAAAUAAGGCUGGAGACACUCCUCUCUCCAUUGAGUGUUCCCGUGGUAACCUGAAGAUGGUCAAGGCUCUCAUCAACAAGCAUGUUGAUCCAAAUAAGCCAGUUAACAAGGCUGGUGACACUCCACUCUCUCUGGCCUGUGCUAAUGGCCACUUGGACACAGUCAAGUAUCUUGUGAACAAGCAUCGUUGUGAUCCAGGUACAGUCAACAAGGCUGGUGACACCCCACUCUCUCUGGCCUGUGCUAAUGGUCACUGGGACACAGUCAAGUGCCUUGUGAACGAGCAUCAUUGUGAUCCUAGAAGUACAGUCAACAAGGCUGGUGACACUCUACUCUCUCUGGCCUACAAAGGUGGACACUGGGAUAUGGUCAAGUAUCUUGCCAUCACUCAUCACUGUGACACAACAAUUGCAGUAAAUAAGGCUGGAGACACUCCUCUCUCCAUUGAGUGUUCCCAUGGUAACCUGAAGAUGGUCAAGGCUCUCAUCAACAAGCAUGUUGAUCCAAAUAAGCCAGUUAACAAGGCUGGUGACACUCCACUCUCUCUGGCCUACAAAAGUGAACACUGGGAAGUGGUCAAGUAUCUUGCCAUCACUCAUCACUGUGAUACAACAAGUGUCUUCUUGCUAGCAGUAAAGCUUGAGCAAGAUGUGGAAUUUUUUCUGGCAGAAUGCCAUUGUGAUCCGAAUGUGACCGACAAAGAAGGCAAGACACCUCUCGAUUUGGCGAAUAACUCUAAGAUCAUAAAGCUCCUCUUGAAACACGGAGCCAAAGCUGCCAAUGUCUACAAGGAACACAGCAAGCUCAUCGGAAAGCUCUCCUCCGAGCGACCCCCACACCUUCCUCUGUCUGUGCUCAUCAUUGGUGAUGGUGGUGUGGGGAAGAGCACUCUGUUGAAGUCCAUUCUGAGUCCAAAAGGGUUUUGGUCUAAACUACAGAAGGCAAAACCCGUAGAUGGUGUCGAUGAAAAAACAGUGGGGAUCAUACCGUACGAAAUAUACACCAAAGAGUUUGGGAGGAUCAUCUACUUUGAUUUUGCUGGCCAGAAAGAGUUUUACGCAAGCCACUGUGCCAUUCUGGAGAAUGCUGUUCAAACCUCACCACCCAUCAUUAUCCUCUGUGCUAAGCUUGUAGAAAGUGAGCAGGCGAUUAUUAAUUCCAUGUAUCGUUGGUUAACCCUCGUUCAAAACCAGUGCAUCAAUUUGAAAGGCAAAGCACACGUGAUAGUAGUUGGUAGCCAUGCCGACCAGGUGAAGGAAAUGGAAGAAGAUCCACGAGCCAAAGAGAAAAUCUUUGCCCCCAUUAUCAAGCAAUUCCCAAAGUUUGAGUUCAGAGAGUUCAUUCCAAUGGAUUGCCGCUUUGCUGAUUCGGAUGACAUGAAAAAAGCAAAAGAGCAAAUCAAAAAAAGCUCCGCUAUUCUCCGCUCUCCAGAAACCAUCAGCCUGAAUGCUCACACUUUUUACAUCUACUAUGCCGAAAGCUUCAAAGACGACCUUGCUUUGUCGUUGGGAAAUGUCUAUGAAAGAAUUAAGAGUGAUCUUAACGAGGAUCUGUCAAAACGCACCCAAGAUAUUCUUUCUUUCAUACCCAGCACCGUCCCUCACCUUGUAGACAUCUGUGACCAGCUGCAUAAAAGAGGUCUCCUAUUGUUUCUCUGCAAUGACAGCUCUCCAGAGAAGUCUUUCUUAGUGAUUGACCAACCAAAGCUUCUGUCCAGAGUCACUGGGACAGUGUUCGCUCCUGAAAGUUUCCGCCAGCACUGCAAGCUAGCUUCAAGCACUGGAGUGGUGCCUUUGUCGAAAUUCAGCAAAGAAUUUGAUGGCUUCGACAUCGAAAUGCUGAUUGCCUACAUGUCACAUUUAGAGCUGUGCUUCGAAAUUAUGGACAUGCAAGUCUUGGAUUUCAUUUCGAAGGAGAUUGCUUCUUCUACUGACAGUAAUGCUUCUGUUCCUGAGUCUGACAGAUACCUCUUCUUUCCUGGGCUCAUUCGAAUCGAAACUCCAGAGCAAAGGUUGGAACUAACUGAAGACAUCAAGUACCAUUUUGGUUGGAUACUCCAAACCUCUCAAAAAACAGAGUUUUUCGAUCCUCGCUGCCUUCAGGUCCUCAUUCUGAGGAUAGUGUUCACAUUCCGACUUGCUCCUGCCCUAAGAGUACAGCAUGAUGUCCCUUCCCUGCAGAGAUUCUGCUCUGUGUGGAAGAAUGGGAUCUACUGGUGCAACGAUGAUGGGAUCACCGCACACCUCGAACUUGCUGAAAAUGGCCAAUCUCUUGUUCUCAAAAUGCACUCUGAUACGGUUCGACCUGAAGGUUUGAUUCAUCGCUCCAGAAUUAUGAGCACAAUCCGCGAGACUGUUGAAUGUUUUGGCCGCAAUGUGAAUGUGAUUGAAACAGUGAUUGAUCCAAAUCAAGUUGUCAAGCAUCCUCUGAAUAAUCCCUCUAACCUCCCACUGGUCAAAAUCAAAGAUAUUGCAGCAGCUGUCUCCUCCAACAGAAGAAUGAUCAAAUCAACACAACACGUUGCCUUUGCCUUCAAGCAUCUCUUACAGUUUGAGCCGUAUGCUGGCCUAGAUCAAACCACCAUACAGUGUAUCCACAGUGACAAGAAUGCCAAGAGAGAUGAGAAAAUCUCCAAAGGUUUCAUUUCUCAUUUUGCCAGCCAAAUUGCCAAUUCAGUUAGAGAUAAUCCAGAUCAAAUAUCUCGAAACAGUUGCAUAUUCAGAAGAAUCCUGAGCCACUUUCAAGAAUUUGGCGUCAACAUUGAGUCGGUCAGUCCCAGACAGGAGGUGGUCCAGGCCCUUGAGACGUGGAGGAGUGAGACUGAGGGAACUUACAGCUGUCUGAGGGAGACUCUCAACAAGUACAGCGUCUUCACUGGAAGAAACCCUCUUGACCUAGCUGGUGUGGCUCAUGAUGAUAUUGCUCCCUCUGUGUUUAGUAUCCGUGGUGAUGAGCAAAUGGAUCACCAGAUACCCUCUACCCCUACCUUAGCGUCAGGUGAACUCUCCAUUGAGAAGUCAACGAUUAGAGAACACUAUGAUACUGUCUCUGUUGUGAAGACGCCAUCAUCAGAUAAGGGGUCCCUGUCAUCAGAAAGACUCCACUCAGCAGCUCCAGUCCAGAGACUAGGAGCUACAUCAGCUGGUACUGGGGACAGUCGACUCCAUACUAGAAGAGGUUCUAGUGAUUUGUCUGCUCUAAGGAACAUUGUAGACACUGCAAUCACUGGACAACUGGAGCACCAAAUGAAGUGUGGAGAUGCUCACAUACAGGAUCCAGGAACUACCAGUGUCUAUCAGUUGAUGGUCAAGCAUGGAGUCACUGACGAGCAGUUGGAUCGAGAGAUUGAACAAGACGACCUUGCUCCAGUAGCUAUGCACUUUGAUAAUGUGGAGCUCUACCUCAACCCACUGAAGUUGAAUGGAAAUGAACAAGCUGACGUGAGGCGAGAGACUUAUUUAAGUAGAAGCAAUCAGGUGGCAGUGAUCACCUGUUUGUCAAUCUGGAGGGGUCACGAACCCAGCGAAGCAACCUUCAAAGCACUGAUUAGGAUCUUAUUGGAUCUGAGGAAGGAAGAGAUUGCUACCAAGAUCUGUCAGUACUUAAAUAAGACCCAGUGAUCUAUGAGUGCUGAGAGUGACUGACUGUAAAGCUAGAGCUGUGUGUAGGACUCUUGUACUGAAUUGAACACAAUGGACAUCUGUUAUAAUUAUUGUGUGCGUGAUUUUAUGACCUCUUUUUACCCUGAGUGUAGAGUGAUAAUCUGUUUAACACUUGUUACAUUAUUGA